AUGUCGUUCUCGAAUCUGGUUUCUGACCUCGCCUUUCGAGACUCCAACCCGGAUGAUCGUGCCUCGCAGAUCUCGCAUGCUCAGUCCCGCACUGCCCGAUCCUACACCAGCACCACCGCGACCAGUGUGAGCAUCUCGGGGGACAUUUCUAGCCAGCUCCAUGCCGGAUACAGUCACCCAUUGAGCAGGUCAUGGCAGGCAGAGAGGCAACUGACCAAGGAUAUGUUGAUCUAUCCGCUCUUUAUCACGGACAAUCCUGACGAAGAGACCCCGAUCCCAUCUCUACCAAACCAAUACCGCCGUGGCGUCAAUCGCCUUGUGCCGUUUCUAGCCCCAUUGGUCCGGAAGGGGUUGCGCUCGGUGAUUCUCUUUGGCGUGCCCCUUCACCCCUCGGCGAAGGAUGCGCUGGGAACUGCAGCUGAUGACCCAGCGGGCCCAGUCAUCCAGGCCAUUCGCCUUCUCCGAUCUCGUUUCCCUCAGCUCUAUAUUACAACCGACGUCUGCCUCUGCGAGUAUACGUCACAUGGACACUGUGGUAUUCUCCGGGAGGAUGGGACCCUCGACAAUACCCAAUCGGUAGAUCGAAUUUCCGACGUGGCACUAGCCUAUGCCGUUGCCGGGGCUCAUUGCGUUGCGCCGUCGGACAUGAACGAUGGAAGAGUACGCGCUAUCAAGCUCAAACUGAUUGAGGCCGGGAUAGCCCACCGCGUCCUGCUCAUGUCUUACAGCGCCAAAUUUAGCGGCUGCCUGUACGGUCCUUUCCGUGAUGCAGCCGGCUCGUGUCCCUCGUUUGGAGACCGCCGUUGCUACCAACUUCCCCCUGGAGGCCGUGGUCUUGCCCGACGUGCCAUUCAAAGAGAUAUUGCCGAGGGUGCCGAUAUCAUCAUGGUCAAGCCUGCAAGUAGCUAUCUGGACAUUAUUCGCGAUGCCAAGGAAUUGGCGCAGGAUAUGCCAGUUGCAGCCUACCAAGUUAGCGGCGAAUUUGCAAUGAUCCACGCGGGGGCGAAGGCUGGGGUUUUUGACUUGAAAGCAAUGGCAUUUGAGAGCACGGAGGGAAUACUCCGAGCAGGCGCUGGCAUUGUCCUGACCUACUUUGCUCCGGAAUUUUUGGACUGGCUAUAA